AUGUGGGCGCUUGCAGGUGGGCUGGCACGGGAGCGGUGGAGCGGCAUGGGUGGUUCUGCGCGCGAUGGGGCUUGGGGCCAGGGCGAGCGGGUUGGAGCGUGCGGCGGUUGGCGACUUGCACGCGUGCGGACGUGGGCUCGAGGCGAGGCGGAGCUUGGAGGAGAGCUGGUGGCUGUCGGGCGGAAAGGAGCCUGGCGGAGGCAGGGCGCAGCACGGGCGGAGGGCCAGGGGCGGCGGUGGCAGUGUGGGCGUUAUGGCGGCGGGCCUGGUGGCAGCAGCUUCGUGCGGGGGUGCGACGCGAGCGGAAACGGCGGCGGUGAGCGGACAACAGAGGUGCAACAGUUAGGUGGAACAUGGGGGCGGCGUUGA